ACUUAUCCAGACAUAGGGCAGACCAAGAGGCACUGCAAAGCUGGCAUUCCCUUGUUGAGUUCUUCCUGAGCUGAACGGAGACCAAAGGCAGCUGCCUGGUGGACUUCAUAGGUUGAAAGAUGCAUGAGUGUCAUGCAGUCCGGGACUCAGAUGAUCAAGCUGAAGCGUGGGACCAAAGGGCUUGUCCGGCUCUUUUACCUGGAUGAGCACCGGACCCGCCUCCGGUGGCGACCCUCUAGGAAGAGCGAGAGGGCAAAAAUCCUUAUCGAUUCCAUUUACAAAGUCACUGAGGGCCGCCAGUCUGAAAUAUUCCACCGGCAGGCGGAGGGGGGCUUCGAUCCCAGCUGCUGCUUCACCAUCUACCAUGGCAACCACAUGGAGUCCCUGGAUCUUGUCACCUCCAAUCCCGAGGAGGCCCGCACCUGGAUCACGGGCCUCAAGUACCUGAUGGCUGGCAUCAGUGAUGAGGAUUCUCUUGCCAAGAGGCAGAGGACCCACGACCAAUGGGUGAAGCAGACCUUCGAGGAGGCUGAUAAGAACGGAGAUGGCCUGUUGAACAUCGAGGAGAUACACCAGCUGAUGCACAAGCUGAACGUCAACCUGCCCCGAAGGAAGGUCCGGCAGAUGUUUCAGGAAGCCGACACGGAUGAGAACCAGGGAACGCUGACCUUCGAGGAGUUCUGUGUUUUCUACCGAAUGAUGUCACUGAGACGAGACCUUUAUUUGUUGCUCCUGAGCCACAGUGAUAAGAAAGACCACCUGACCGUGGAGGAACUGGCCCAGUUUUUGAAGGUGGAGCAAAAGAUGAACAACGUGACAACAGACUACUGUCUUGACAUCAUAAAGAAGUUCGAAGUUUCAGAAGAAAAUAAGGCGAAAAAUGUUCUUGGCAUAGAAGGCUUCACGAACUUCAUGCGCAGUCCUGCCUGCGAUGUGUUCAACCCCUUGCACCACGAGGUGUACCAGGACAUGGACCAGCCGCUCUGCAACUACUACAUCGCCUCCUCCCACAACACCUACCUGACCGGUGACCAGCUCCUGUCCCAGUCCAAGGUGGACAUGUAUGCGCGGGUGCUGCAGGAGGGCUGCCGCUGUGUGGAGGUGGACUGCUGGGAUGGCCCUGAUGGAGAGCCAGUGGUACACCAUGGCUACACUCUGACUUCAAAAAUUCUCUUCCGAGACGUUGUGGAGACCAUCAACAAGCAUGCCUUCGUGAAGAACGAGUUCCCUGUUAUAUUGUCUAUUGAGAACCACUGCAGUAUCCAGCAGCAGAGGAAGAUCGCUCAGUACCUGAAGGGAAUCUUCCAGGACAGGCUGGACCUGUCGUCCGUGGAUGCCGGAGAGGGCAAGCAGCUCCCCAGCCCUCAGAGUCUGAAGGGGAAGAUCCUAGUGAAGGGCAAGAAGCUGCCUUAUCACCUUGGGGAUGACGCAGAGGAAGGGGAAGUUUCUGACGAGGACAGUGCGGAUGAGAUUGAAGACGAGUGCAAGUUUAAGCUCCAAUGUAACAACGGGACCACCGAGCACCAGGUAGAAUCUUUCAUAAGGAAAAAACUGGAGUCACUGUUGAAAGAAUCCCAAAUCCGAGACAAAGAAGAUCCCGACAGCUUCACCGUGAGGGCGCUGCUGAAGGCCACCCACGAGGGCUUGAAUGCACACCUGAAACAGAAUCCAGAUGUGAAGGAGAGUGGAAAGAAGUCCCAUGGGCGCUCCCUCAUGACCAACUUCGGAAAGCACAAGAAAACCUCAAAGUCACGGUCUAAAUCCUACAGCACUGAUGACGAGGAGGACGCUCAGCAGAAUCCUGGCCAGCUGUACAGGCUGGGCCGCAGGAGGAAGACCAUGAAGCUGUGCCGGGAGCUCUCCGACCUGGUGGUCUACACAAACUCCGUGGCCGCCCAGGACAUAGUGGACGACGGAACCACGGGAAAUGUGUUAUCCUUCAGUGAAACGAGAGCACAUCAGGUGGUCCAGCAGAAAUCCGAGCAGUUCAUGAUCUACAACCAAAAACAGCUCACGAGGAUCUACCCCUCGGCCUACCGCAUCGACUCCAGUAACUUCAACCCUCUGCCCUACUGGAACGCAGGCUGCCAGCUAGUGGCACUCAACUACCAGUCUGAAGGGCGAAUGAUGCAGUUGAACCGCGCCAAGUUCAAGACCAAUGGCAACUGCGGCUACGUCCUCAAGCCCCAGCAAAUGUGCAAAGGUACUUUCAACCCUUUCUCUGGCGAUCCACUUCCUGCCAACCCCAAAAAGCAGCUCAUCCUGAAAGUGAUCAGUGGACAGCAGCUGCCCAAGCCUCCAGACUCCAUGUUCGGAGACCGCGGUGAGAUCAUCGACCCAUUUGUUGAGGUUGAGAUUAUCGGACUGCCAGUAGACUGCUGUAAAGAUCAGACUCGAGUGGUGGACGACAAUGGAUUUAACCCCGUGUGGGAAGAAACCCUGACAUUUACAGUGCACAUGCCGGAAAUAGCUUUGGUUCGGUUCCUGGUAUGGGAUCACGAUCCCAUUGGGCGAGACUUUGUGGGACAAAGGACUGUGACCUUCAGCAGCUUAGUGCCCGGCUAUCGGCAUGUCUAUUUGGAAGGACUCACAGAAGCAUCCAUAUUUGUCCACAUAACAAUCAAUGAAAUCUAUGGAAAGUGGAGCCCUCUGAUCCUCAACCCCAGUUACACUAUAUUGCACUUUCUAGGAGCCACCAAGAACAGGCAGCUGCAGGGCCUGAAGGGGCUGUUCAAUAAGAAUCCCAGGCACAGCUCUUCAGAGAGCAGCUCCCAGUACGUUCGGAAACGAUCGAUUGGAGACAGAAUCCUGCGUCGCACGGCCAGCGCCCCAGCCAAAGGCAGGAAGAAGAGCAAGAUGGGCUUCCAGGAAGUGGUGGAGAUCAAGGACUUGGUGUCGGAGGCCACAAGAGAGCAGGAUGGCGUCCUGAGGAGGACCACGCGGAGCUUGCAAGCCCGCCCUGUCUCUAUGCCCGUGGAUAAAAGUCUCCUGGGGGCUUUGUCGUUGUCUGCAUCGGAAAUGGCAAAAGACCCUGAUGGGAAAGACAACUCUCUGGCAGAGGAUAAGGACGGCAGAAGAAAGGAGAAGGCAAGUAUAAAAGACCCACAUUUUCCAAAUUUCAACAAAAAGUUGUCCUCCUCCUCCAGUGCUCUCCUUCACAAAGACACCAGCCAAGGGGCCGCCACUGUUUCUGCUGCCCACGUGUCUGUCACAGGAGAGCAGCUAGGCGCACGGGAUCCCACAGGUGGGAGAAGCAAAUCAAGUCUGACAAGAGAUGGACAGGAGAGCCACUGUGCCAGCAAGUCCCUCUCCCCGAGGCAGCGUUUGGCUCCAGAUCCUGCCAUUCACCCAUCACAAGUCGAGCGUGGCGAUGUGCGUGGUGUGAAAACCAGAGGAAGGGUGGACAUGGAGGGCCUCGGGGAGAGGAGAAGCACGCUGCGGGGGAGCACCCUGUCUCAAAGCACCCUGGAGAUCAAGAGCCUGGAGGGCGGCCGGGGUGGGGGCAGGACCACAACCUCCUUUUCUCUGUCGGAUGUCUCCGCACUCUGUUCUGAUGUCCCCGAGUUACACUCAACUGCCAUUCUGCAGGAGAGUGACAUUUCCCAUCUUAUUGAUAAUGUCACUUUAACAAACGACAAUGAGCCAGGCAGUUCCAUCUCAGCCCUGAUUGGCCAGUUUGAUGAGUCCAGUAAUCAGACUACCUUCACAGCAGCGUCCCAUCUUCCCAACAACAGCCUGACGUCAGGCCAAACUCCCCAGGGCCUCAAAAAACCCUUCCAGCCUGGGUUUUGCAGGGGAAAGCCCACGUCGUCCUUCCUGUGCUCGUCUCCUGAACUGAUCGCCUUCCCGGGGCCUGAGAUCACCAGACUGGCGACAGUUGCUUGUGAGGCAGCAGGUGCUCCAGUCUCUAAAGUUAAACCAGAGGAUGACCUUGCUGGUACAACCAGGACAAGGGCCAUGGAGGGCAAGCUGCUUGGGUCCCCUGAUGCUCCUCAUGGCUGGUUUCCAAGAAGUCCCACUGGCAGAGAAGACUGGGGACCACUGAAGAGCUUCAGCCCUGUCCUUUCCCCUGAUCUGACGUUGGGAGAUGUAAUAGGGGACCCCACUCUCUGUGUGAAUUCUGGAGAGAGCAGCCUUGUGGAAAUUGAUGGGGAGACGGAAGUCCUGUCUCCAACAACCUAUGAAAGUAGGAGAGAAGAAACAGGUCAAUUGGCUUCCCCAUUAGAACUGAAGUUUAGUCAGGGUGUGGUGGAGCACUGUCAGAGAGGUCUGAGAAAUGGCUACUGCAAAGAGACUGUCCACCCUUCUGUCCCCGAAAUAGUCAACCACAUUCAAGAGGUCAAAAAUCGAAGUCUUUCUUGUCUAACCUACCAGGGUGCUGGCUUUAUUCAUAACUGUUUCUCAAAUUCAGAUGCAAAAAUGAACCCUGUCUGGGUGUCCCAGCCGCCCAGUGUUCAAGAUGUGCAUGCCCCUGUGUCCCAGCAGUUAGCACGUCCACCUAUGCCUGCUUCAAAGUUGCCAAGUCCUUGCAAAUCCAAAAGUCUGGGGGAUUUAACAUCAGAGGACAUUGCCUGCAAUUUCGAGAGCAAGUAUCAGUGCAUUAGCAAGAGUUUCAUUACAACUGGCAUUAGAGAUAAGAAGGGCAUAACCGUGAAGGCAGAGUCCUUGGGGCCUUCCGAUGCACUCACGGAGCAGCUCCGGAAGCUGGUGUCCUUUGAGCAAGAAGACAGCGGCCAGGUGCUGUAUUCAAAGCAGGACUCCAGUGCUUUUCCCAGAGCCUUGGUCAGAAAACUGUCAUCCAGAAGUCAGAGCCGAGUGCGCAACAUCGCCAGCCGUGCCAAGGAGAAGCAGGAAGCCAGCAGGCAGAGGGUGGUGAGCCCCAGCGGCCACCCAGGGGGUGGAGUGCUGCUCCGAAGCAAGCCUGCAGCCCCCGCCCUGGCCGGGAACCGCCACUCCACGGGCUCCUACAUUGCAGGUUACCUGCGCAGCGCCCAUGGGGGCGACCUGGAGGGCCGCGGCAUCCCCGAGGGGGCCUGCUCGGCCCUGCGCCACGGCUACGUGGACCAGUUUUGUUCAGAUAGUUCUGUUUUGCAGACUGAGCCAAGCAAUGACGAUAAACCAGAGAUUUAUUUUCUUUUGAGACUGUGAAUUCCACAAAGCUGCAUUUCCAAUGUUUACAGGUAUCCUGCAGAACGUUAGUGUGUUCACCUCUGUGAUCCCUGGCUUUGAAAUGACUUUCCAGUGUAUUUUUAAACUUGUACCUUGGUCUCCACUUGACUUCCUAUGUCCCCCUGUGUGUGGAUUUGUACGUAGACUCCCUGACGUUCCGGGGUACCUAGGCGCUGCCCACCCUCAGGUGUUGUGAACUGUGCCCUGUGAGAUGCGUGCAUGCCCUAGAUGUGAAACCCCAGCAGCCUGGCUACAGUGUGCUUGUGACUCCCAAAAUGCCCUUCCUGUGUCCUCAGAUUGUGUCAGAUGUUCGUUUUACUCUCUUAACUGUUGAGUCGGUUGAGACUGUGAACUACAAAGGGAUGAUUCUUUGUUCAAAGCCAUUAUCAUUUUUCUUUCUACAUUGAGAAACCCAGAUACAUUUUUAUAAUUCAGUUUAAAGAAGUUUAAAAGAGUUCCCUUUGUCUUUUAAGACUUCCUCACCCCAACCAGAAGGAGAAUUCAAAGAGGGCAUGGCUGCUCCCAAGCCCCUCCCCCCUUAGAAUAUGCUGGAAGACAGCAAAACUUCUGUAUAUAGGGACAAAAUGGUUUGUUUUACAAAAAUUUUGUUACAUAUUUUUGCUAACAGCUUUGUAUGUAACAAGAACCCCGUUGCCAAGCUCUUUGUCGUACUUAUGAAUUUUCUGAUAAGUUAUAGAUUGCAAAUAAUGGCUUCCAGAAUGAGGGACUUCCAUCAGAUUGAAAACGAUAGUAGCACAAAUCGAACACUUCCUCAAAGCUUUCAAGAAAAAAAAAUUCUCAUAAUAAAAUCCAAGUGAAUAGAUUAUUAGGAAAAAAAUCCUUUUCCCUUCAGUAAACCAAGUAACUCUAUUUUAGUACUGAUUUACAUUAUUUUCACUGUGAAUCCAUUUUUUAAAAUUGCAUGUUCAGAUGUCCCUCUUUGUUUUUUUGUAACAUUACUGCAAUGAUGUUCUUCCUGGAAUUCAUGAAAAUAUGAUUAAAAGUUAGCAGAUUUUUAAAUA